AUGGAGAUGAAAAAAUUGCCGCAAAAUGGGACAAUCACAAAACAGAUAUUUUUGAAAAUUUGUGUUGAAGAAGUUGAUACCGGUAAUAGGCCAACUUCACAUUUUAAGAAAGAUGGAUGGAAGAACAUUCAAACUAAGUUUCAAGAGAGGACAACCUAUGCUUAUAACCGCUUUCAACUGAAAAAUAGAUUGGAUGCCUUAAAAAGGGAAUUUGCAUCAUUUGCAAAAUUAGUUGAAAAAGACACCGGACUUGGGUGGGAUCAUGAUAAGAAUACCGUCAAAGUUAAUGAUGACAGGUGGACUGCUAAGAGUAAGGAUCCUGAUGUUUUGAAAUGGAAGAUUGGGGGACCUAAAUUUCUUGAUUUGUUGGAUAAAUGUUUCAAGGGUCAGGUAGUUACUGGAUUUUCUAUUUUAAAGCCGUAUCAAGAUCCACCGGCUUUUGAAGUGCUAGGUGAAGAAGAAAGGGUUGCUUUUGAAGGUCAUGAAAAUAAUAUGAAUAUUGAUAAUGAAGGAGAAGAUGAUAGCUUUGAAGUUGGUAAUAAUGUUGAAGUAAAUGCAACACCAACUCCUUCAAAUAUUGGUUUGAAAAAGAGGAAAAAUAUCGGAAAAGGAAAGAUGGGAACAGCAGAAAAACUUCAACGAUCUCUUGAUCGUAUUGUUGAUGGGAUGAAUCAUAAAUCACCAAUAUUUGAGGAUCAUUAUAGUUAUGAUAAGUGUCUGACAAUGUUGGAUGAGAUUCCUUCCUUAGUACAAGGAUCACAUUUAUACUUUUCUGCUAUGAAACUCCAUGCCAAUAAAGAUAACAGAACAACAUUUUUUCACCUCUUGAAGAAAGAUCCUAACAUGGCUUUUGAUUGGCUAGGCACUCUUUCCGAGGAGCAUCAUCAAUGA